AUGAAACCCCAGACAUUUUUUUCGCCCGCCGCUUUGGCAACACUCCUCAGCAUGGCCACUUCGAUCGACGCUCAGACAUCUGGGGAAGCAUGCUGUGACCUCCUCAGUAAGGCCGGCCUCGGCCAGAGGCUUUUUAACAGCUCUUCUGAGAUCUAUGUCAGCACGGAAUCGACCUACUGGUCCCUUGACAAUGCCAACCAGGCUCCAAAAUGCAUCUUCAUGCCUCAGACGACUGAGGAGGUAGCCACGGCCGUCAAGGCGCUGACUGGACCUGCGGUCAGCAGCGUUCACACCAAGAAGACUUGCAACAAGGGCUGCAAGUUUGCUGUGCGUGGCGCUGGACACAUGUUCAACGCUGGAGCCAACAACAUCCACGAUGGCGUCACCAUCGACUUUAGCAACAUGAACACUACCACAUACCACGCCGACAGGUCCAUCGCCUCUAUUGAGCCCGGCACUCGCUGGGGCGCCGUCUACACGGAGCUCGCCAAGUACGAGACCAUGGUGCUGGGUGGUCGUGCGUCCACAGUCGGUGUCUCGGGUUUGAUCUUGGGCGGCGGCAACUCGUUCUACUCGUCACAGCGCGGCUUUGCCUGCGACGGCGUCGCCAACUUCGAGGUGGUCCUGGCCGACGGCAGCAUCGUCAACGCCAACGCGUCCAACGAGCACGCCGACCUGUACCGCGCCCUCAAGGGCGGAUCCAGCAACUUUGGCAUCGUGACCCGCUUCGACCUCAACACCUUUACCGCGCCGGCCACCCUCUGGGGCGGCACCAUUGGUUUUGCGGCCUCGGCCGGCGCUCAGCUCAUUUCGACGCUGCAAAAGUUCGUCUCGGUCCUCGGCGACGAGGGCCACAGAUCCGACUCGGCCAUUAUCUUCUGGACCUACACCCAAGGCGGCGGGGUGUCCGAGCCCAUCAUUAUCAGCGCGCUGCACAACGUCGAAGGCCAGGUCGACGCCCCCGGCUUGUCCGACUUCCUCACCAUCCCGGGCAACGUUAGCUUUGCCAUGCGCACCGACAGCCUUGUCGGCUUCACCGACGAGCUCGAGGUGGCGCGCGGCAGCUACAACUCGUGGCGGACGCUGGCCUUCAAGAACAACGGCGAGGUCAUGACGUACGCCGUCGAAACUUACAACACCAUGAUCAAGGAGUUCGAGGCCGAGGCACCGAACCUUGGCUUCACGGCCCAGUGCAUGUUCCAGGGUCUGUCGGUCAACCAGUUCAAGCAGGCCGCGGUCCACGGAGGCAACUCCCUCGGCCUCGACGACCGCACCGAGAACCUCAUCAUGUUCCUUGGCAUGCUGGCCUACAAGGACCCGAGCCUCGAGUCGCUGGUCAACGCCAAGAUGACCGCCUGGGUCGACGAGAUCAAGAAGUUUGCCGCCUCCAAGGGAGCCGACGACGAGUACCUCUUCCUGAACUAUGCCGACCUCAGCCAGAGCCCACUCCGCAGCUACGGCGAGAAGAACUUGGCAUUCAUGAAGGGAGUUGCCGACAAGUACGACCCGCGCGGAGUGUUCCAGCUCAACGUUCCCGGUGGUUUCAAGCUUUCGAAGGCUUGA